CGCAUAUAUCAUGUGCCUUACAGUGGUUCCAGCAAGGGUCUCUUUCAGCCCUACAAUGGGCCUGUGCGUCUGCCCCACAUUCGCGUAACCAACAGCCAUCAUGUGGGAUUUGGGUGCUCUUCCACUCACAACAACAAUACUCCUGUCACCUUCACCAACAUACUUCAGCGGUAUUCCUCAUGUAAUUCUGGCACCCUAUCAUCGGCGAAAUGCCUACGCACCUGGCGCAUCCAUCUCCGAAGCGCAAGCGCGAUCAACCCGCGCCUAUUCCUCUGCUCAACACGGCUCUGGCCCUGCGUCCCGCGUCAACACCGCCACGAGGUAGUCCCGCGCCUUCGUCGGGCGCCGAUAGCCCUCGAAAUGCAGUCGCAGACACGCUGCGAGGUAUGACCCUCACUGCGCUCUCGGAAAUACCCAUGUCCCCGCUCACACCUACCGACGAUGUAAUACGCAAGAAGCCGAAGCUCGAUGCUAUGAGAGCAGACAGCGGAACUGGCUCAGAAAUAUAUGCAGCCAACGAAACACCGAACAGCUAUACAAAUAGGAAGCAUAUAGAUACUAUUGCUACGACACCCGAGAUGGAGGUCUCUAGGGUGAUACCAGAGACCCCUCAGUCGUCGCAACCCCGCUUGUUGCCAGAUAUCGCUUCUUUCGCGCAAACCACCAGUUUUGUUUCGUCGCCCGCAACAACUAAAUCGCAGCCGUCUAUAUCCACACACGAAAAGCUUCGCGCGCAAAAUCGAUCGUCUUCGCAACCCCACCCUCGGGCUAGAUCACCGUCGCCGCCAAUGUCGACUCUCACGUGGCGAGAUAGUGAGAUCACGGGACACCUGGUCGAUCCGUCAACUGAUCCAGAUGACGAUGGUACUGGGCUCAAUGGGAUUGGCUUUAGACCCACACCAGCAUUAGCAUAUGCUAGAUCACAGAAGCGACGACAACAGUUGACAGAGUGGAAGCUACGGGAGACUCGCGAGGCGAGAGCAAAACGUAGCGAGAGGCGGAAGAGAGGCGUCAGAGAUAUGCCUUCAAGGGAAGUCACCGUCGAACGGGAAGUCAUGCCCGUUACUAAGAUUGAGACCACGAAGCGGACAGUCAAGUUCGCUAUAUGAAAUGUCGAGGAGUUAAUCAUAAUUUCCAGAGAAGUGUAAUCAGAUGGGUAAGCCCCAGUAGGGACGAUGACGAUUUCAUGAUAUUUAUGAUACGGGUGAUGUUGGAUUAGCAGCAUCCUUGGAGUAUGGCGCGAAAGGGUGUUUAUCUUUCCACGAUAUAUUUAGCAUAUACGAUCAUGGCGCCUUCUGCUGAAGUUACAGUUGUUACA